ACCGAUCCACACCCCCUCUCGCACGCGCUCAUGGGCAUGGAGACUGGCACGGUAACGGCGGCUGAGCCCACGCGCCGGCUUCUCCUCCCACUGGCAGUCUCUUUCCUCCUCUUCGCGCUCGCCGCCGGGACGAAGUCUUCGCCGCCGUCGUCGUCGUACAUCGUGUACCUCGGCGGCCACUCCCAUAUCCGCGGCGUCUCGACGGAGGAGGCGUCCACGAUGGCCACCGAGUCGCACUACGACCUCCUCGGCUCCGUCUUGGGCGACUGGGAGAAGGCGCGCGACGCCAUCUUCUACUCCUACACCAAGAACAUCAACGGCUUCGCCGCUGUCCUCGAGCCCGCCGUCGCCGCGGCGAUCGCCAAGCGCCCCGGCGUGGUGUCGGUGUUCCCGAACCGCGGCAUGAGGAUGCAGACGACGAGGUCGUGGGAGUUCAUGGGGCUCGAGAAGGCCGGCGUUGUCCCGACGUGGUCGGCGUGGGAGACGGCCAGGUACGGCGGGGACACCAUCAUCGGGAACCUCGACUCAGGCGUGUGGCCGGAGUCCCUGAGCUUCAACGACGGUGAAAUGGGGCCCAUCCCGGACACCUGGAAGGGGAUCUGCCAGAACGCGCACGACCCCAAGUUCAAAUGCAACAGCAAGCUGAUCGGCGCGCGCUACUUCAACAAGGGGUACGCGAUGGAGGCGGGCAGCCCGCCCGGCGACAGGCUGAACACGCCGCGGGACGACGUUGGCCACGGCACGCACACGCUGGCCACGGCGGGCGGCUCCCAGGUCAACGGCGCCGCCGCCUUCGGCUACGGCAACGGCACGGCCAGGGGCGGCUCCCCUCGCGCGCGCGUGGCGGCGUACCGCGUCUGCUUCAACCCGCCCGUGAAGGACGUUGAGUGCUUCGACGCCGACAUCCUGGCCGCCUUCGAGGCCGCCAUCGCCGACGGGGUGCACGUCAUCACGGCGUCGGUGGGCGGCGAGCAGAAGGACUUCUUCGAGGACUCGGUCGCCAUCGGGUCGCUCCACGCCUUCAAGGCCGGCAUCACCGUCGUCUGUUCCGCCACCAACGACGGCCCGGACUUCGGCACCGUCAGCAACCUGGCGCCGUGGGUGGUCACCGUCGCCGCCAGCACCACCGACAGGGCCUUCCCGGGCUACCUCAUCUACAACCGCACCAGGGUGGAAGGGCAGAGCAUGUCGGAGACGUGGCUCCACGGGAAAAGCUUCUACCUCAUGAUCGUCGCCACCGACGCCGUCGCUCCCGGCAGGACGGUCGAGGACGCUAAGGUGUGCAUGCUGGAUUCCCUGGACGCGGCGAAGGCGAGCGGAAAGAUCGUGGUGUGCGUGAGAGGAGGCAACCGCAGGAUGGAGAAGGGCGAGGCCGUGCGCCGGGCCGGAGGGGUCGGGAUGAUCCUCAUCAAUGACGAUGAAGGCGGGAGCACCGUCGUUGCCGAGGCCCACGUUCUCCCAGCCCUGCACAUCAACUACACCGACGGGCUCGCGCUCUUGGCGUACAUCAAGUCCACCCCGGCUCCUCCUUCAGGUUUCCUCACGAAGGCGAUGACGGUCGUCGGUAGGAGGCCGGCGCCGGUCAUGGCCGCCUUCUCGUCGGUGGGGCCGAACGUCCUCAACCCGGAGAUCCUGAAGCCGGACGUCACUGCGCCGGGAGUGGGCAUCAUCGCGCCGUGGAGCGGCAUGGCGGCGCCCUCGAACAAGCCCUGGGACCAGCGCCGCGUCGCCUUCACCAUCCAGUCCGGCACGUCCAUGUCGUGCCCGCACGUCGCCGGCAUCGCCGGCCUCGUCAAGACCCUCCACCCCGACUGGAGCCCCGCCGCGAUCAAGUCGGCCAUCAUGACCACCGCGACGGACCUGGACGUGGAGCAGCGGCCCAUCCUGAACCCGUUCCUGCAGCCGGCGACGCCCUUCAGCUACGGCUCCGGCCACGUCUUCCCGGCGCGCGCGCUGGACCCGGGCCUCGUCUACGACGCCUCCUACGCCGACUACCUCAACUUCUUCUGCGCGCUCGGGUACAACGCGACGGCGAUGGCCAAGUUCAACGAGACGCGCUACGCGUGCCCGGCCGCCGCCGUCGCCGUGCGGGACCUCAACUACCCGUCCAUCACGCUGCCGGACCUCGCCGGCCUGACGACGGUGCGGCGCAGGGUCAGGAACGUGGGGCCACCGAGGAGCACCUACACGGCCGCCGUCGUCAGGGAGCCGGAGGGGGUGCAGGUGACGGUGACGCCGACAACGCUGGCGUUCGGGGCCGUCGGCGAGGAGAAGGAGUUCCAGGUGAGCUUCGUGGCGAGGGUUCCCUUCGUGCCGCCGCCCAAGGGCGCCGGCGGGUAUGGGUUCGGCGCCAUUGUUUGGUCCGACGGGCCCGGGAACCACCGGGUGCGGACUCCGCUGGUCAUCAGGAGGCGCAAGAUGUAGUGGGAUCAGGAUUAGGAGAUCGCGAGACUCUUUUUUGUUUGGGAUUACGUAGGCUCUCAUUAGGCAGUGGUGAGCACGUAGCGAGAGGAUGAAUUAGAUUGGCGGUGAAUCUGGUCGAUAAGCUUUGUUGGCAGUUUUGUAACCAUCGAUUAUUGAAUAACAACAAGAUGAUAGGAAAUG